UAGCGCUAGGGAAUCACCGAUUUUGAGAUGACAAGCGGCGGCUUCUUAGUGCACUUACUCGUAUAUAAAGGCACUCUACGUUUUCAUUUGAACGUCAGAUUUUAAAUCUCUUGUUACAAACUAUACAAAAAAAAUAUUCAGUCCUACCGACACGAGUUAAAUUUUAAACCGACUAUAGUGCGGGUGGCUAUAGUGUUUUUAGUGAUAAUUAUUAGAAAAAGUUUAUAAGAAUGAAGCUGGAGAAGUGCCUGACGGAGAAGAAUGUGAACCAGAACAUGCUGAACAUCUCGUACGCGGUGCGCGGACCCAUCCUGCAGCGCGCGCUGCACAUCGAGCGGGAACUGGAGAAAGGUGUGAAGAAACCGUUCCGGCGAGUGGUGCGCGCCAACAUCGGCGACUGCCACGCGCUCGGCCAGCCGCCCGUCACCUUCAUCAGACAGGUCCUGGCGUUGGCGGCGUGUCCGGCGCUGGCCGCGUCGCCGGACGUGCCGGACGACGUGAAGCUACGUGUCCGGGAACUACUGGACGAUUGCACGAAAGGUUCCGUGGGCGCGUACUCCCCGUCGGCCGGCCUGACGCUAGUCCGGCGGCGCGUGGCGCAGUUCCUGGCCGCGCGGGACGGCGUGCCGGCUAGCCCUGACGACGUGUACCUCGGCGCCGGCGCCUCCGACCUCAUCAAGGCGCUGCUCGGCCUCUUCGUGCAACACGUGGACGGGAAACCUCCUGCGGUUAUGAUCCCCAUCCCGCAGUACCCGCUAUUCUCUGGCACUCUCUCCGAGCUGGGCCUGCGCCAGGCCAACUACUACCUGGAUGAGGAGCACGACUGGGCGCUGCAGCUGCAGGAGUUGGAGCGGAGCUGGCGGGAGGCGAGCCAGGAGAGCCAUGUCAGGGCCUUGGUGGUUAUUAAUCCUGGGAAUCCUACCGGACAGGUCCUUACUCGUGACAACAUGCAAGAGAUCAUCAAGUUUGCGUACGAGCACCAGCUCUUCAUACUGGCCGAUGAGGUGUAUCAGGAGAACAUCAUCAGCAAGCCUUUCCAUUCGUUUAAAAAGGUCAUGCACGAAAUGGGAGCUCCCUACAGCAGCAUGGAGCUGGCCAGCUUCGUGACGUGCUCCAAGGGCUGGGCGGCGGAGUGCGGGCUGCGCGCGGGGUUCAUGGAGGCGGUGCGGCUGCAGGAGGGGGUGCGGGCGGCGCUGGAGGCGGCGCGGGCGGUGGCGCAGUGUCCCUCCGUGCUGGGGCAGUGCGCGCUCGACUGUGUGAUGAAGCCGCCGGUCGCGGGCGAGCCGUCCUACCCUCGCUUCAGCCAGGAGAAGCGCGCCACGCUGCGGGCCCUGGGCGAGCGCGCGCGCACCGCUCACCGGGAGUUCAACAGCAUCCCCGGAUACUCCUGCAACAUUAUUGAUGGCUCCAUGUUCGCGUUCCCUCGCGUGGAGAUACCGGAGCGCGCCCAGCGAGCGGCGGCCGACGCGGGGCUGCAGCCUGACGAGUUCUACUGCUUGAGGCUGCUGGAGGAGACAGGAGUGUGCGUGGUGCCGGGCUCCGGCUUCGGGCAGCGCGCCGGCAGCUUCCACUUCCGCAGCACCAUCCUGCACCCGGCGGACGAGUUCCAGCACAUGAUGGACUCCGUGCGCCGGUUCCACGCCUCCUUCACACGCCAGUACUCCUGAACUGAUUCAAGAACUGCUUUCUACUCUUGUUGUCAAUGUCUUGUUUUCAAUCUGUGAUAUUUAAUUUUUUGUUCGUGAUUAAAUGACCUAGGCUAAAUAGAUUGUUAUCAUUAACACUACAUACAAAUU